CUAAGCGCAACAAAUUAAACAACACAACAUGAGCGGAGAGUUUUCCGACGUUUCUAGAUGCUCUGCCUUGCUGGUUGAUGAAGACAGGUUUGUAAGAAAGAGAGCUUUGAAAUCUAUAGAAACCUACUUAAAUACCAAAGGAUGUCAAGAAGAAACUGUAUUAAGUUUGAUAGGAGGAAACUUAGCAAACUCAUUAAACGAUCCUGUUGAAAUUAAUCGCGAAUUAUCAAUAAAAGUAUUAGAACUGUUUGUGAACGUAGUCAAGGAUGCUUCAAUUCUUCUCCCUUCGUUGGUUCCUGUACUUUUAGUGCGUUUGGGACAGAAGGAUAUAACAGAACACUCAGAGGAAAUUCGUUAUGCAACUCUCAACCUUCUGUACACCCUGGUGACUAAGGUACAUGAAACAUCACCAUUCCUCGAUGAUUACAUUACAAUACUUCAAAGGACUUUCUUGGACCCGUAUCACGAGAUCAAGAAACUGUCUUGUAAGAUAGCAGUCGUUUUAUCAGAACGUAAAUGCCAUCGUUUUUAUCAGAUAUCAGAAUCCAUUAUAUCACCGAUGUUGUCCAAUCUUACGCACCAGCACUCGAAAGUUAGGUUAGAGACUGUGUUGGCACUGGAAAAAGUUCUGCUGGUUAGUCAAGGAAAGCUUGUAGACAAUGUCAUUUCCCCGUUGACUCAAAGACUAUUUGACUCAUCUCUGGCAGUAAGACAGGCUGUCAUUCAGCUGAUAGGUUCAUGGUUGUUAGAUCUACCUGAUAGAUAUUCCUAUCAAACAAGAUUACUACCUCUACUCUUAUCUGGCUUAAUCGAUGAAUCAGAUGAUAUUCGCUCAGUCACUGUUGAUUUAUGGCAUCGUAUAGGACUAAAGUUUGAGAAGGAAAAUGAAGAACAAUUGAAAGAUAAAUUGGACUUUGAUAAAGGUGCUCCUUUCAGUUAUCCAUAUGGAUGUAAACGACCAAUAUUGGGUUGUCGUGAACUUAUCUAUCGAUCAGCGUCUAGACUAUUCCCCGGUCUGUGUAAAGAUCUCUCCGACUGGCAAGAAGCAACACGCUUAAAGGCAGCCAGUCUGAUGCCUAUUUUAAUAUUACAUCUUGAAGAAUCAGCUACUCAGCAUACCCAACAUCUUAUAACUGGUAUAGGCAAUGGUUUUGCUGAUGCAAUUAGUCGAAUACCAGCUACUUCUGGAAGUGUAGCCUUAAUAAAUACAUCGCCGUUUGUUUCAUUUCGAAGCGCAUUGAAUGCAACAGACUGUUCUAUCAUUACUGAUAACUUAGAUAUAGUUGCUUUCAUCGCCCAACAUGCAAAUUCUCAGGUAUUCGGUUCAGCUGAAGUAAAUGAAGCAGUUAAAAUUAUUAAUCAGUUAUUUAUUUCUACACAAAUAUUGGGUUGUAUGAUUUCAACUAAAUUUUGGUGGCAUUUACUCGAGCCAUGUCUUCAUCGUUGUACAGAAUCAGUUGCACCGUCAUCAUUAGCUGGACAUUUAUUCCUAUUAUCUGGAUUAUUAUAUGGCAGUCCUUUAAAUCAGUUAGUGGAUAAAGCAUUGAAUUCAUCACCGUCGGAUACCACUGAUGCCUCCGUCGCUGCCUCUGCCGCAGCCGCCGCCGCUACUGCUGCUUCUUCGAACACUGAUGAUGAUGGCGAUAAUAAUGUUGAUUGUAAAGUUAAUGGUGAUACUCCACGUGAUGAUGAUAGUCACACAAACAAUGAUCACGAGAAUACAAAUAUCAAUUGUAUACAACAACAGGGUCCUUUACAUCAGAUUAUAGGAUAUCUUAGUCAAAAUGAAUUGAUCUCUGUUAUGUCUAUCCCUGCUAAGGCAAGUUUAUUACAAUGUGUUCAAGUUUGUAUAAAACGUCUUGAAGAAGCUAUAGCUUUGUUGAGACAACAACAACAACAACAACGGAAUAAUCAAGAACACCAAGAGUACACAUUGGAGACGACUAAACAGUCAAAUGCUGAUAAUGGAACCAUUAAGGAUAAUAUCAUUCAAGCUUCCUAUGAUGCAGCAUGGUUAUUAGUUCAGAAUACACAGAUUCGUUCAUGGUUAUUUGAAAUCAUUCUUGGCUUAAGUUCAAUUUGGCCAGAAAAUGAUUCUCUGAUUACAUCAGAUUUUGGUCGGGCAAUAAUUAAUUCCUGUGAUAAAUUAAUACAACAAUUGGCAGCUUGUCAUCGAGACUGUAUCAAUUUAAGCAAACAGAAUAGCCUAACAUCAUCAUCUGGAGAUGAUUAUGAGAUGAUAAAUACAUUGUUAACCAGUCCUGCUACUCAUGAGGAUGUAGAUCGUUUGUUCUACAACUGUAUGCCUACGUUAGUCCAAAUUGUCACAUUUCAUAAAAGCACACAUUAA